GCGUUUGUGGGUAUAUGUAUCGAAGUUUAUACCGAAUUACGCCGAGCUGGUUGAACGCCUUAGGCGGCUGACAAGGCAAGGCACUAACUGGACAUGGGAUAGUGAGCAAGUAGAGUCGUUUGAGGAGUUGAAACGUGCACUUUCUAACGAACCAGUGUUGGCUUGUUUUAAGUUAGAUGGUCCCACUGUUCUUGUGACAGAUGCUAGUCCAGUAGGACUAGGUGGGGUUCUGUUACAGGAGCAAACAACAGGUGAGCUAAAGCCUGUCGCAUAUAUAAGUCGAUCUCUGACACCUACUGAAGCACGAUAUUCGCAGAUUGAACGCGAGGCACUGGCAUGUGUUUGGGCGGCUGAAAGAUUUCAUAAUUAUGUUUUUGGUACUGAAUUUACAUUGCUCACUGACAACAAACUAUUAGUCAGUUUGCUUUCCUUAGAUUGUAAAAAGAUGUUGCCCCCACGGGUUCAACGUUUGGCGUGGAGGUUGCAUCAAUAUAAGUAUAAGAUAAAACAUAUUGAAGGUAAAAUGAAUAUUGCCGACUCUUUCUCAAGGUUGCCUUUAAAUGAAUUAGAUGAAACUAGUUCGGGUAAUGUUGCGGAUGAGUGUGUCAAAUUUGUGGUUGAAAAUGAUGUGCCUGACAAUUGUGCGUUGUCGUUAUCAGAGGUGAAAGAGGAAACGACAAAAGAUAAAAUUUUGACUAAAAUUAUGAAUUUGGUUCACGUGGGUGCAUGGCCAGCUGAUGCUGAUAUUAAACCUUUUGAAAAGUUUCGGGAAGAGUUUUCGGUUUUCAAAGGUAUUUUAUUGCGCGGAAAUCGUAUUGUCGUUCCAAUUUCUCUUAAGAAGCGGAUUUUGAAACUUGCUCAUGAAAGUCAUGUUGGUAUAGUGCGAACUAAGCAGUUGUUAAGGUCAAAAUUUUUUUGGAUAGGUAUGGAUAGGGAUAUCGAAUCUAUGAUUAAAGACUGCCCAGCAUGCGCUGCAAGUAGGCUGUUAAAUAAUAAUACACCCUUGCAGCCAGUGCAGUUACCCAAAGCGCCGUGGUUAAAAGGUGCAGUUGAUAUCGUAG